AUGGAGAUCGUCAAUGUGCUGUCUACCAGCGUGCACUCCCCUGAGAUGAAUUCUGGCAAAAUGCACGCUUCGAAUAAGCAGUCCUCCAACUUGCCGACGGCCGAUCUGCAGACUGGCUGCACUGGCAAAAUCAGUCAGUCAAAUCCCUCGACUAUGCCUUGUGCGCGGUACUCACGUAGAGUCGCCAUUCCCAAACCUUGCCGCCCCAACCUCGCGGAACCUCGACGCUCACCCCUUCUGUUCUCUCAACAGCUCCAACUCAAGAAUGCCUUGCCUGUUGCCGAGGAAGGGCCAUUCUUGCUACCUGUCCAGCGAGCUAUCGGUGGGAAACGCGGCCGCACACAAUUCACUGGAUCUCAUGCUGAGUGCACAAGCUCAUGCAAGGGUUCUCAGAUAUGCCCGAGUACUGACGUGAACGAGUUCGAGCGCGAGAGGAAACGGUCGAUCAGCUUCAAAGUACCCGAGGUUGGUAUGGCGAUGAACGGUGCGUGCAUCGCGGCUGUCGCAGCUUCGGUCGAACCCCUUGGCCAGAAAAACAAUAGCAUUUCUGCCGGCAAUGCCCCACCAGGCGACAACAACGAUAAUAACAACAACGGUAACGGCAAAGACAGCCAUCCAAGACGACCAGCUGGAAUCCUUCCCGCUCUACAUGGCUCUCAUAAGUGGCGAUACCACGAGAACCGCAGGGGCCAGAACUUCACCUGCACGUGUCCAGAGCACAGCGAGAUCGUUUCGGAAGCAGCCACGUGGCCUGGACCAUCACACUUCUGCUUGCGCUGCAGUCUGAGAGUCUGCACGGCGUGUAAUGCGUACAUCGAUCAUGCUAUCCAGAAGCGUGACCAUGAGCUCAAUUGUCCCAAUCAGCGGGCUAUUGCUGUGGUUCGAUGGGCUGUGAGGGCACAGGCUAGGCGUCGGAGAAAGGGGGAGGCCCGUCGGGCUAGCCGGACGGAGUGA